GCAGCAGUGCUACUCGGCCACCGCCGCGGGCCGCACGCCACACACCACUCCCGCCAUACGCACGCCAGUUAGAGCCCAAUGGGCUGAACUGUGACGAGCGUACACGCGCACUCUACCGACAACUAGAGACUGAUUCGUGUUCAGGAAAAUCCCUUCUGGGAGAGGAACACGACUCAGCUCGCUCAAAAGUCGACCGUGGUCGUAAUAAGUGUGCCGAAUCAGUGGACUUCAACCAUAGGUCGGAGUGUGUCGCCUGCCCCAGCACUGGACCCUCGUGACACCGAGGCUCUCGACUGCGCUCAAGCGCGGGCGGCGGGCCGCGCGGGGUCACGCCGGCGCUGCGCGACGCGCUGCGCACUGUCCGCGAGGCGUGGGCCGAGCCGCGCUCGCUGCUCAGUCGCUGUUUCAGCCGGUCGGUGCGGCAGUGGGCCGCGCCCGCCCCCGCCGCCAUGGAGCGCGCCGCCGCCGAGCUGCCGCCGCGGCCGGGCGCCUCGCCGGGCCUGCUGUGCCGCCGCUACUCCGUGCCCGAGACUAUCAUGCGGAAAUAUCGUCUCGCGCAGCAGAGAUCGGACUCAGAGGAAAGCGCACCUCAAACCAACCGCUCGGUCGCUUCGGCGUCCCCGGGGCCGGGCUGGGACGCGGCCGGCUCGCCCGGCGACACGCCGCACCGCUUCCUGCGCCGCGACCGCGAGCUCAUGCGCAAGUCGGCGCUGCUCCGGCGGCUGUGGGGCCGCGGCUGCUGCUGCUGCGAGCCCGCGCCCGCCGCCGGGCUCGGCACGCGCUCGCUCGACGGCUCCCGCUCCGAGCUGCGCCAGCUGUCCAGCGGCCUGGCCUCCUCGCGCUACUCGCACGCCGUCGGCUGGACCACACCCAAACGGCAGCGACUCGACUCUUCGAGAGACUUCCGCGGCAGUGACGAGAUGAUUCGUGCCGCGAUGAAAAAUAGCUACGAUCGCGCUGAGGAUCCCCGCAAAGACUCCGGCACCCGCAUCGACUUAUCAGACUCGACGUGCAAGUGCCGCGAGCCUUCGUCUUACACCGAGACGGUGACGGACGUGCUCACCGACAGUGAGGGUUCCAAGUCGGAGAUACGACACGAGAGGGAUACAUUCCCGCAGUACUCGGAGCGCCACUUGUCCGAAACGUCUACGACACAAAUCAGAUCAAGCACGAUAGACGACCCACACGUGACCAGCGAACACUCGGCGGCCGGCAGCGACGAGCGCCUGCUGUCAGACUCCUCGGACACAUAUUCGGCGUCGUACCCCACUGCGCAGGAGUGCCUGAGGAGCAGACCCUCGCUCCACCUCACGAGCAGCGCGCACAUCGCCGGCCACGUGAGUGAGCACUCGACGAGCUUGUUCCGCGAUGACAACGAUGCCGUACCCUACGACAGGCCCCUGACCGUUCACACGCCGUCCUACGAAGUACUAGAGAUUGUCGUGUCAGAAACACUAAACGUGAGCUCUGCGCCGUCUGCUAGCACCCUUCCGCCGGACAAGUUCUCACAAAGUUUGAGGACUCCCGCGCAAAACCAGAAGACUGCCCAAAAUAUUAACAUUGAUGAAUAUGUGUCCAAUAUUCUAGUAGAGAGCCUGAAUUCGUUGACUGAUCAAUUGGAAUGCAUGAAUGCGUCUAUGGGAAGCCAUAGGAAGAUAAGUAUUGUUGAAAAGGAAAUAAAAGUAAAACUACAAAAUACAGGAGUUAAUACGAUAGUUCACUUGAGCCCCACCUCCAACAACCAAAUUAUAUUUGGAAAUGAAGAGCUGUGCAUGAACGAGGGCAGCAAAGACAACUGCAACAACCCGCCCGGCCAGCACUCGCCGCAGGAGCAGAGAGACUCCGAGCUCGCCAUCCGCGACGAGCACAGCGUCGAGUGCAACAAUAACACGGACCCCUUCGACCUGCAGCAUGACGCCGUCAACCAGGCCGUGCUGCAGCAGAUACAGAAGCUGUUCCAAGACGAGUUCCACAGCCUGGACGUCGGAGUCGACUAUCCUGAACAAACAAUGCCAGAAAUAUCACAUAUCGAAAUCUCAAGCGCAACGGAUGUGUUCAUUAACAAUGACAACGAGCUAAGCACGCAGGCUAGGGACACGAUGGAAGGCAGGUACGAGGUUAUCAGCGGCGUAGGAACCGGCAGCUACUAUCCCGACGUGGAGGACCGGCCUGUCGUGCCGCGCUUCUCUGCCCUCCCGCACACCGACUCCAUGGAGGUGAACACCUCCUCCUCCGAGGACGCAGACCUUAUGGGUUCCGACUGCACUAGUCUUGUGGAUAGUCUAGACGAUCCCAACUCUCCAAGGUCCGUGUUGCUACGUCGUGCUUUCUCCAACAGGCGCAACGAACUCGUUCGGUCCGCAAUAGACGUUCUAGAUCUGUUACCCGAAGAUGCUCGCCAAGACGAACCUACUACUCCGAAGGACAAGGGUGAGUCAUUUUUCAUUAAAAUCAAAGACAAUGAGUGUGACUGUGAUAAAGAAAACGUGAAUGUGGCCGAUCGGAUGCCUGAAAAAAUAAAACAGAGAUUAUACCGACGACAUCGUAAACGAGAAAUGCGAAUGGAGUGUGCAAGGAGAUCAAGGGGUAAAACGCGGCCGAGAGAACCCCAGGCGGAGCGCACGCGUGGGCGGCGCGACCUGGAGCGUGACUGUGUCGCCAUCGUGAACGCGCUUAUUGAUGACGUCAUCGCUAAAGUUGCACAAGAUGAAUACAAGUGCAUGCGCAUCAAGCACCGCCCCGCCAGGACGCUGGCCUCGCACUCCGAUGAUAACGUCGUCAAGCGAACUUGGAAGAAAGAGCUGCUGCCCAUCGAAGAUAGAGAUCCAUUUUUAUCUGCGAAGAGUCACAAUACUCGAUGCGACUCGCAGCAGACGGGUAAACAGAGGAGCGAACGUCACCAAAUACAUGGCAAACUGUCACUCGUGACGAGACCCGCGGUCGCCUGCGACGAUAGGGCCGCUAAGCGGAUAUACCAAAAGUCUGAAAUACGUGAUGGUAACAAAUGUAUCGAAAUUUUAGAAAUAUUAGAAUACGUGAAUGGGUCACAAAGUUCUCCAGAAACUACUAACUCUGACGAAAAUCAUAAUCAACAUGUGAAAAAUAAAAAAUCUCGUAUUCCUAUUCCUAUUUAUGACAAAAAUUUAAGAUCCCCUACGAGUAGUAGUAGUAGUAGGCGCAGUUCGAUGCCGCGAGCUGAGCUCAAUGGCAACACCAACCGCUUAAUCGCAGAUAUGUUGCUGGGCGCGUUAGUGGAGAGCGAGCCCAGCGAACUCAGCGAACCAACCGGCCCCCCACCGGCGCCCCGACGCGCCUCCGUGCCGCGCUUCAAGCAGACCUUCGACAUCAUCCCCGAAGAGCGCAGCAGUCUCAGCCUUGAUUCCGGCAGCGAAGACCCUAACCACAACCGCCGCGCCUCCGACACCUCCGCACUUGAUGAGCCAACGGCGCCGCCUGCGUCCGCACACCCAUCACAAAAACUCAUCAAACCUCAAGGGGAUUCACCACGACGAUGUAAAGACAUGAAAAGUGCUGCCACUUCUCCGAUGACGGAUUGCGAUACCAGUAAAAAGCCUCUCAGAUCCAAAAACCAAACAACAAUGACAUCCCCUCUAAGCAAGUCAGCAGCGACUAGUCCUAUGCGGACAUCAGGAACAGAAGGCGCGGUGCGGGAGGAAGCUCCCCUGGCCAGCAAGCGCGGCCGCCACGCCUGGCUGGCGCAGCACGGCGCAGGUCAAAAAGAAAUGGCUGACAAAGCACGGCAACGCAGGUCCACAAUGACACAAAACGAAAGACAUCCGAAUCCACAGCGACAUGAACACAGCACCCGAGAAGAGCGCGGCGAACGGCGCCGGCAGCCCGCCAGCGGCACGUCUCCGUCUGCAGAGCCGCGCUCCGACUGCUCGCCGGUCGAUGCGUACAUCAUCGGCGACAAGAGAAAGGCGAACGACGGAAUGCACUCGCCGUUCGUCAAACUACCAGAGUUUAAGGGCGGCGGUGACAGCGGCGCCGCCAGCUCCAGCGACAGCAGCGAGUCGGGAGGCAGCCUGCUGUGCUCGCUCGCGCCCAAGUGGCUGUCGCAGGGCCGCGCCAGGCGGGCAGCGCGCCGCCGCGACGCGGAGCGGCCGGCGCCGGGCGCGCAGCCCGAGGCGGGCGCGGGCCCCGCCAGCCCCCAGCAGCCAGGUGAGCAGCGGGCGGGGCGCGCGCCGCCUGCGUGCGCAGCUACUGACGGUCGCGUGUGCAGGUGGCUGGUCGGUGACGGUGGCGGGCUCGUGCCGCGCCACGCUGCCCGCGGACGUGGAGAUGCGCUUGCGGUUCCCGCACGAGUCGCAGGCCGCCGCCGACGGGCCCUGUCAGGAAUGCACGUGUCGGCACUGCGCGACGUGUGCGUGUCCCGCGCGGCCGCCGGCGGGGGCGGGGGCGGGGGCGCGGGCGGCUCGCGGGGCCCGCCGCUGCCGGCCGCCGCGCCGCCGCUGGCGCAGCUCGCGCGCUCCGACUCUAGCAAGCUCACCCUCACUAUGAAGAAGGAAGCGCUCGACUCUUCUAUUCUUGCGUCCAAGAGUUCGAAGAAGUCUGGUGAGCCGCUACCUGACGUGGAGACGUAUCGUGCGUCACGGAGUAAGCUAAAGAGCUCCGUCAAGACGCGUCGGGGGUACUCCCUGCACUGCUGGCUGCCCGACAGCGAGGACGCGCCCCUCAGGGCGAGUGACGGGCUGUCGGUGCUGGGCAGCGCCAUCAUCCCCGAGCUGAAGCCGCGCGUGCCCACCAUGAGCGAGCGCGACCUCACGCGCGUCUACACGCCGCGCCACUACCUGCGCCUCUAGCGCACCCUCAUUGUCCCAACACUUCAUUGUCUUUUGUUAAGGCCGGGACUCUUGUAGUACCUACUUGAAUAAUCUUAAUUGUCCAAAAAGGAACAAAAUAAUAUUAGUGAAGUCAUUAUGGCCGGGGUAGCUGCCAUCAGAUUAGUUUUCACUUCAGCCGGCCUGCAGCGGGAUGUCAAUAUAUGUAAUGGCCUGGAUGGUCAGCAAUAGUGCAGGUGUUGCGUCCCUUUUCACACUUCUUUAUUUACUUUGGCAGCUUAAUUUUAUCGCAGUGAAGCGUUAAAUUAAGUAAAGAAACACAAGGGUGAUGAAGCGACGUUAAUUUUUACUUGGAUGAAUCGUAGCCGAAACUGGGGGGGGGGGUAUACCCCGACAAAUUGUAACAUUUUGGUAUUCUGUAAAUAAUAAAUAGUUUUAUGAUUUGAAA